GAUCGCACGGGGGUUGUUAGUCAAGAUGGCGGUGGUGGCUGCCGUUGCGCGGGUUUCGGGGCCAAGUCGAGGCUUGGGCCAAGUUGGUCUGCUCCUGCAGCGGCUUGGGGCUUGGGGGAUGGCUAGAUCUCAGCCCCAGCGGCAGCAGCAGCAGCAGCACUUCUCGUCCCUGGACGACAAGCCUCAGUUCCCAGGGGCCUCAGCGGAGUUCAUAGACAAGCUAGAAUUCAUCCAGCCCAAUGUCAUCUCUGGGAUCCCCAUCUACCGCGUCAUGGACCGGCAGGGCCAGAUCAUCAACCCCAGCGAGGACCCCCACCUGCCACAGGAGAAGGUGCUCAAGUUCUACAAGAGCAUGACGCUGCUCAACACCAUGGACCGUAUCCUCUAUGAGUCCCAGCGGCAGGGCCGGAUCUCCUUCUACAUGACCAACUAUGGCGAGGAGGGGACGCACGUGGGGAGUGCAGCAGCCCUGGACAGCACGGACCUGGUGUUUGGCCAGUACCGGGAGGCAGGUGUGUUGAUGUAUCGGGACUACCCCCUGGAACAGUUCAUGGCCCAGUGCUAUGGCAACGUAAAUGACCUGGGCAAGGGGCGCCAGAUGCCCGUCCACUACGGCUGCAAGGAGCGCCAUUUCGUCACCAUCUCCUCUCCACUGGCCACACAGAUCCCGCAGGCUGUUGGGGCGGCCUAUGCAGCCAAGCGGGCCAACACCAACAGGAUCGUCAUCUGUUACUUUGGUGAGGGGGCAGCCAGCGAGGGGGACGCCCACGCAGGCUUCAACUUCGCUGCCACCCUUGAGUGCCCCAUCAUUUUCUUCUGCCGGAACAACGGCUAUGCCAUCUCCACGCCCACCUCCGAGCAGUACCGCGGGGACGGCAUUGCGGCUCGAGGCCCUGGGUACGGCAUCAUGUCAAUCCGAGUGGACGGCAAUGACGUGUUUGCUGUGUACAACGCCACCAAGGAGGCGCGGCGGCGCGCCGUGGCAGAGAACCAGCCCUUCCUCAUUGAGGCCAUGACCUACAGGAUUGGGCACCACAGCACCAGUGACGACAGCUCGGCGUACCGCUCGGUAGACGAGGUCAAUUACUGGGACAAGCAGGAUCACCCCAUCUCCCGGCUGAGGCACUACAUGCAGAACCACGGCUGGUGGGAUGAUGAACAGGAGAAGGCCUGGAGGAAGCAGUCCCGCAAGAAGGUGAUGGAGGCCUUCGAGCAGGCCGAGCGGAAGCUGAAGCCCAACCCCAGCCUGCUCUUCUCGGACGUGUAUCAGGAGAUGCCCGCCCAGCUCCGCAAGCAGCAGGAGUCCCUGGCCCGUCACCUCCAGACCUACGGUGAACACUAUCCCCUGGACCACUUUGAGAAGUGAGGCCCACUCGCCCCACCCCACCCACCUCUGCUCCAAGAGGCAGCUCCAGACUGAAGGGCAGAGGGAGCCAGCAGGACACUUCCCCUCCCCCAGCCAGCUCCCUCCAAGACACUUGGGGGCCAGAGCAGUGCCUGAGACGGUAAGGGGGGGUUUCCGCUUACCAUCCCUAUUCCUCCAAGCUGUUACAUUGUGGGGGGCUCUGUAACGACUUUGCCCAUGGCUACAGUGCCUUCUCCUAGGGGCUAAGCCAGGGCGCCUCCAGGACUGGAAGCCUGUCUGGGUUGGGGGCAGGUAUGGGAGGUCAGCUUUGGAACUUACUUAAAGUAAGAAGUGGUUAGCAGGCAGUGAAUAAACUGUGUCUCUACAUUUGGC